UAAGACUGUAUUUUACAGUGUUAACAAAAUUUUGAACUGAUUGGGUAUGAAAAUAAUAAUACUGACUAUUAACUACAGUAUAAAAGAAAAUUUAGAUGUAUAAAAAUUUAUUUCUACCUCCUGCUACACUGAAUCAAAAACUACGUAUACCACAACUUCUCUCCCACCUCUCGACGAAACGCAUGAAAUUUCGUUUACCCAAGCUAUACUAUUACGCAUGCGUUAUAAAAUAACAUGCGAAUAUUAUUUCUCUUUUACAGUGCUGUAUUUAAUUCGAAUACCCUUGAGUACUUUUGUAUUCCUAAAACAUGCUCCCAUAUCACGCAAAUCUAACGCAUCAACCGUAAAACGAAGUAACACAUAUAUUUAAUAAAAAUAUAGUAUGAAUCUUUACAUUUUGACUGUAUAUGUUUAAAAAAUGUGUUGAUAAGAAUUUGUUAAUAAGUAUCAAAAUAGACACGGUCAUGCAAUUUUUAAAGCGCAUGAGCAACCUCCCACCAUUUAUAGGACGCAAGGGUUUAUGGGUACUUUCUUGCUACUUAAAUUUUCAAAAUACAUUAAAGAUAAGACCGAAGGAAAUACUUUCUUCUGAUUCGUCAAUAUAUUCUGCCAUACUAAUGGGCGGUUUAAAUUUUCAACCAAUCACAUAAAAGAAGAAAAAACAGGACAAGCAACCUAACACGUGGUAUUAGCUAACCUAUUUGGAAUGCGUUGAAAAAAGAUAUCUAUUGAAAAUUUGUAAAUUGUUAAUAUGGGAAAACAGAAGAGGCAAAGAACAAAACCCCAUAAAGAAAAUCCUACUGGUCUUCUAUCUGUUAAGGAUUUUGAAGCAGAAGAAGAUGAGUAUGAUGUCAACGCGGUUUCAAGACCUGCUUUACAGACAGUAUAUGAAAAAGUACAGUCUCCUAAUGUUGAAGAAAAACUAUGCGGAUUGCAAACAUUGGAGUCAAUGUCUUGUGAUUCAACAUUUGCUGCACAGAUUGCAAAAGAUGAAAUUGCUAAAAUGAUAGGACCACUACUCAUUGAUCCAAAUGUAGUUGUAAGAGCAUAUAGUGCUAGUGCUUUAAGGCAUAUUGCAGACAAUGGAAAAACAGAAGCACAUGCAAGUUUAUUAAAAGAUGAUAUUAUGACUCCCUUAUGUACCUUAUUGCAGAAAUAUUAUACAGAAUGGCAACCAAAAACUGACCAGAGUGAGAGAAGUAAAUUUAAAGAUGAAGAGAAUGCAUUUAUCCAAGCAGUCACAUUAUUAUGGACCUUAUGUGAAUAUAAUGAAUCUGCAGUCAAAAUUGCUAAUGAAGCAGAUCUUAUUUCGAUUUUAACCAAAUUUUUUGAUAUUAGUAUUUAUGGUAUAGAAAUUGCUACAAUUACUGUACAAUGUUUAUUGGCUUUGUCUGAAGAUAAUCCCACUGCUAUUCAAAAACUUCAAAGUUGUGAAAGCACGAUUUUUCAAUUGUUAGAUCUGGAUCCAAAGAGUGAUUCCAUUACAGAAGUACUUUAUCUUAAAACUGCUGUCAGUGGAUUAAUAAUUAAUAUAAUUAACUUUAUGGAUAGUAAUUCAGCCAAUAUAGCCAGCAAAGUGAUACAUACACUUUCUAAUACACUCUCCAUUGAUUGCAAACAGUUGUUGUCCAAUUUAACAUCAAUUUUACCACAUCAAAAGAAUGAUUACUCAGAUAAAACAAAGAAGAAAGUACAGGAAAGCAGAAAAGUUUUAAGUGCCCAGCAACAAGCAUUAGAAAUUUUGGCUAAUUUAUGCACUGAAGAUCAAGAAAAUAAUGUUGAUGAUGAUUCCAGUAUAGAUCAUUCAGAUCAUGAAGCUGAUGAUGUGGAUGACGUUUGUAUGGAUGAUAAGUCGCGUAGUAAAAUCACGUUCACACUACCACUGGAAAUAAUCGAAGUUUUCAAUAAUUGCAGUAUAUUAAAGAAAGUGUGGGAUAAAACUUCAACUGUAGAUAAAGAUACCGUAGAAAUACUAGAACAAAAUGCCGAAGGAGAAGCUGUUUUAAAGCAAAUGCAUACAUUAAACUGCAGAGCUUAUUUGUGUUUGAAUAAUCUAAUGUCAAGUUUGGAAAUUGAUGCACUUGGUGGUGCGGAAAAUAUAUAUAGAAUGUGGAAUAAUAUUGGAACAGUUGUUUUCAAAGAUGCAAAUCCAACUGACACCGAAUUGUUAGAAUCCGCUACUGCAGCCAUGAGGGCCGCCCUUGAAAGAUUAUCCGAUGCAGAAAUAAAUGUUUUUAAUCAGUUAACAUUAACUGAUAUUCAACCAAUGUUAAAUGGAGAACGUCAAUGCCAAGAUCCUAAUGUCCGAGUAAAUUUGCUACGAAUAUUAGGAAAUUUAGCUUUGGUUUUAAUGAAGAAUAACACUUCUGAUGCGAGUGAACUAAUUAAACAUAUAUCUGUAUUUCUACUAGACACUUGUGUGAAUGAAUCAAAAGUCUGGGUUAUGGCAGAAUGCUUAGAUUCCAUAAUGGACAUAUACGCGGAAGAUGAUACCGAUAAAGCAGCAAGUGAAAUCGAGUUGCUAGAAAAAUUACGAGCUCUAGUGCCACUAUUUAAAAAUAAGAUGCGACAACAACGGAAAACCUUAGGAGAUAAUGUUGCAGUAGUGUCUACAGUAAAUACCAAUAUCACGAGGUUUAUAAAAUAUAAGGAAAAACGAAUGAAAAAUAUUUAGACGGUUUUUCUAAUGCAAUGUUAGUACAUGGAUGUACUGCAAUGAUAUUUAAGCUUUAUAUAUAUAUAUUGUAUAAAAUAUUUUUAUCUAUACUAACAAAAGAAAGAUAUAUAAAUAAAUCUUAUAAAUAAAACUAUCGUCUUCAAUUCUUAAAAUGUUUCAACGAUUCUCGUACAGAAGGAACAUUAUGAAGGUAGUAAAGUUUUCAGACUUUAUUCUGCAUCAAUAAAUAAUGAAAGACUAAAUAAAUUGGAGACAGACACGAUAAAAGUUUCAUCUUUUGUAAGCAGGCUCCAAGUACAUAACACGCAUACUUAUGUUUGUUAACCCUUUGAGGUAUCUACAAAGGAAGGUACGUUGAAAAUGAAUUAUUAUACGUUUAUAAUAAUCGUUAUUGACAAUGGUGCUUCAAAGGGUCGACAAAAACUAUACGUUAAAUAAAGGCACAUGUACACGAUAUCUGCACAGUCUUGGCAGAAUGUUUCGACUAAAAUAGAUAAAGGUGUACCAUCUUUCCAUUUAAUUUCGAUGCCGAAACAAUAGCACAAUCUUCUAUACAAUUGAAAAUU